UGCUCUCUGAAAAACACAACUAACCGCCUCCUGGACAAAGGUCUCCAAAGAGGUCUUCGCAGCACUCCUGAGCUGUUCCUUCUGUGGUAGGCGCUGAUGAAUCAGAUACCACAAUCUCUUUGAAUCACCUACAGGGGGCACGAUGGGCCGGCUGGAUGGGAAGGUAAUACUGGUGUCUGCCGCAGCACAAGGAAUUGGUCGAGCCGUGGCUAUUGCUUUUGCAAAGGAAGGAGCCAAGGUCAUUGCUACAGAUAUCAAUGAAUCCAAGCUCAGAGAACUGGAAGCCUAUCCAGGCAUCCAGGUUCGUGUGCUGGAUGUCACCAACAAAGAACAAAUUGAAAAACUGGCCAAGGAAAUGAUGAGAAUUGACGUUCUAUGUAAUAUUGCAGGAUUUGUCAGUACUGGGACCAUUUUGGAAUGUGAGGAAAAAGACUGGGACUUCACUAUGAAUGUCAACGUUCGCAGUAUGUAUCUGAUGAUCAAAACAUUCCUGCCUAAGAUGCUGGCGGAAAAAUCUGGUAAUAUUAUCAACAUGUCUUCUGUGGUAUCUAGUAUCAAAGGAGCUGUUAAGAGGUGUGUCUAUGGUACCUCAAAGGCAGCAGUCAUUGGACUUACCAAAUCCAUAGCUUCCGACUUCAUUGGGGAAGGAAUCAGAUGCAACUGUGUUUGUCCUGGCACUAUUGACACUCCUUCUCUGCAGGAGAGAAUCCAGGGCAGCCCUGAUCCAGAACAGGCACUGAGAGACUUUAUGGCCAGGCAAAGGAUAGGUAGGUUUGGGACAGCUGAAGAAGUAGCCCACCUGUUUGUAUACCUGGCUUCUGAUGAAUCAGCAUUCAUGACUGGCCGGGAGUACAUCAUUGAUGGGGGCUGGAGCAUGUGACCUGGUGCCUGGAGAUUUCUGUUUGCAAAUGCUGAACGUCAGAGCUUGUAACGGUUUUAAUGCCUAAAAUGAAAAAUUUAAUCAACCGUCUAAUAGGUGCUAAUCCAGUCUUUCUCUACGCAAUGGAUUUAUUUUACAUUCUGUUUCUCAUUCAUCAUGACAUCUUCACUCCAGCUUUUGUGUCCACUUCAAUCAGAUGCAUGCAAUCCUAAAUUGCUAGGUGUGUGCACUCACGCAUGCGCACAUAGUGGGAUGGGGGAGGAUCCAGAGGAGUGAGGUCAGAGGCAAAUAAAGGAGCAUAAAGAACAAACGCUGGCAGCUGCAUAAAGCAAAAAGUUUUAGCGAUGGCAACAGAAGCAUCCUGGCAUUAAUAAAAUGAUUAAUACAAGAAAUGGAAUCAAAAAUCCUCAUCUCAGUUCUUAGUCAUAGAAUCUGAUUUCUGAAUCUAUUGUUAUUCAACAUUCUUAUGCUGGAGCUUCCUUUGAUGAACUAGGUGCCCUUUCAGUUCCACAAUUACAUGGUGUGCCUUUGUUCCAGAAUGGCUACAUGCUAUUGUCUUAUAAGUGCCUAAUAAAGUUAAUUCCACUACCAAUUAAA